UGAGCAUUCGCAAUCGAACUGUUGCCUCGAGCGGUUGGUUGACUUUUGUUUUCGAUCGUUCAAACUUGAAUUUAACGCGUUUGGAAAUUUUACAAACCAUUUUAAGUGUAAAUUGUAAAGUUGUUUUUUGAUAAAGUGCAUGUGUACAUACUAAAGACAUUCAUAUAUACACCGUGAAAUAGUCACAUUUACUUUGUUGAUUAGUAGGAGCACAUUUGUACGCAUAUUGUGUACUUAAGUGCAUUAUUGUUUUUUGUGAUUUGUUGUAUAGACUUACUUAAAUGUUGUAUUUGUAUGUAUGUAUAUGAACAGACCGGAUUUAAAAAUAUCGUAUAAAAUAAACAGAAGAAAAGUUCAAGCAUAAAAUAAAAGUAAAAGAAAUCGAAAGAUAACAAGAUGACGCGACGUCUUUGUGUAGCUGCGCUUGGACUUCUACAAAUCGUGGCUAUGGUAUAUGCGGCGGGCCACUAUUCAGUUAUUGGACCCGGCACUAUUCGUUCCAACUUCAAAUACAAUGUCGCUGUAUCUGUGCAUAAGGCUGAGGGACCUUGCAAAAUCGAUGUUGCCAUUACAGGUCCCUCGUACAAUGAGACAAAAACCGUCGAAGUGCAGCCAAUGUCGACGGAAAAUGUGGAAUUCGAUGUGCCCACACUAAAAGAGGGCGACUAUAAUCUUACGGCAAAAGGUGUUUCUGGCAUUACUUUUGAAAAUUCGACGAAGCUGAAUUAUGCCGACUACAAACCCGCUAUUUUCAUACAAACUGAUAAAGCCACCUAUAAGCCGGGCGAUUUAGUGCAGUUUCGUGUGCUCUUUUUGGAUGCUAAUACGCGUCCGGCCAAGAUUGACAAGCCCAUUACAAUACUGAUUAAUGAUGGCGCACAGAACCGCAUCAAACAGCUGAAAGAUGUGAAGCCGACCAAGGGUGUUUAUACCGACGAAUUUCAGCUCUCCGAACAACCUGUGCUUGGCAAUUGGAAUAUCGAUGUACUCAUCGAUGGCCAGAAUCCAGAAACGAAAUCCUUUGAGGUGGCCAAAUAUGUAUUGCCCAAAUUCGAAGUAUCCAUUGAGACUGCCAAAGAUGUGGCCAUUCCUGAUGGCGUCAUUAAGGUGACCGUACGCUCAAAGUAUACCUACGGCAAAGCGGUAAAAGGCAAGGCAUCGGUUUCGAUUAAACCAAUAUAUCACUAUUAUGGCAACAACGAUCACAUGGAAGCAAAUAAAACUAUCGAUGUCGAUGGCAAGGGUCAUGUAGAAUUUGACUUGACUAAAGAAUUAGGCAUAUCUAAAGAACACAGUUAUGUGCCGCCACUUAAAUUAUUGGCCAUCAUGGAAGAGGAACUCACAGGGAAUAAACAAAAUGCCACUGCAACAGUUAACUUACACGCGGAACGUUAUCGCAUUGAGGGCGUCGAUGUACCAUAUACCUACCAUCCGGGUAAACCGAUAAAAAUCACUGUUGUUGUAAAGAAUGUGGACGGCUCGCCGGUGCGCGACACAAAGAAUAAGGCAAAAUUGAUUGUAGAUCCACCGCGUAACUAUAUCCUCCGUGGUUUCCGUGGCGAACCGAACGCUGAGGCCACAACUGAAAAGCCAGAAGAUAUGACUUUGGAAUUUGAGUCGAAUUUGGAUGAACACGGCAUGGCGUCUUUUGAGUUUACGCUACCCGAAACUGACCGAUACUUCUCGAUUAAAUGCCAAUUUUUAGAUACAUCAACGUACCUGAAUUCAAUAUCGAAAUUUACACAAACCAUUGAUGCGCCGGAAUUGUUGAAGUUGACAGUGAAUACGGAAAAGCCACGACUUGGUAAACCCGUUACAGUUGAAGUGAAAUCCAGUGAAAGUAUUCCGUACUUUGUUUACACCAUUGUGGCGCGCGGCAAUAUUGUAAAGUCGGAACACGUAGACGUGCCUGAAGGACGCAAGUCGCAACUCAUUAAAUUCUUGCCAACUUUUGAAAUGGUGCCGAAAGCAAACUUCUACGUUCAUUUUGUCUUCAAUAAUAAUUUAGUCUUUGAAGAGAAGUCUAUCGCAUUCGAGAAGGAAUUCGAAAACUCGAUCGACAUCAGCGCUCAGCCGCAAGCCAAACCUGGCGAAGAUGUGCAGCUCCAAAUCAAAACCGAUCCUGAAUCAUUUGUUGGACUGUUGGGUGUCGAUCAAAGUGUACUACUGCUUAAAUCCGGCAAUGAUAUCAACAAAGAUCAAAUAUUCAAUAGUUUGAGCAACUUUGAAGCCAGUACACCAUGGAUGCGUGGCUAUGGACGCUAUCCGGGCCAAGAGUCUGGUGUGGUAACAAUGACAAAUGCAAAUUAUCCCUACAAUGAUGAUCCACAUAAGGUUCUACUAUGGGAUAACGAUGUGAUACUUAUGCCACUCGCAUUUGAAGAGAAUGAAAGUGAGAUUGAUAGCGAAAGUGUGGGAACCACGAAAGUAACCACGUCAAUGAACUUACGUAAAGAUUUUGCUGAAGUCUGGAUAUUCAGCGGCAAAGAUAUGUAAAUAACUUUGUUAUACCUACACAUACACAUACUAUACGUAGAUAUGUAAAUCUUUAAUAUUUUACGUAUUGCAUGUACGGGGGUAUGGUGCUCAAGUAGUAAAUAUUUGGUUUGUAACGCUCAAAACUUGGUAUAAGUAUGUAACACUGUUUUGAAAAUAAUUUAAUAGUAAAUUUUAUUGUAUUGUAGCUUAAAUAUGUGCUGCUUUAUUAUUGAAUUUUAUCCAGAGUCUAUGUACUUCCUUAAAAAAUUGCCUUAUUUUUUUUUAAAUAUGAUUUCGCUGCAUAUCAAACUGACAUACAAAAUACAUAUGUAUUAAGGAUGUCCUCUAAAUAUCAACAUCAUAAUUUUGUAUGAGACAUGCCUUUCAUUUGUCCCCAGAAAAUUUCGAAAUUCUAAAAUGGUUUUCAAUGUUGGCUACUAGGGUUUGCAAAAAUAAUUUUUUUUUUAGUCGCGAAAAUUCGAAAUUUUUUUUACUUUGAAGAGCUACAACUCAGUUUUGGGCCGUUCACAACAUUUGGUAUACCGUUUGACGCAUAGCUUAAUUGUCUCUCAAAUGAAUAACUCAUUGUAAUAAGAGGCCUUAUCUGCAAAAAAAAAAGAUUACUAAAAUCCUACACCGAUCACACAAAAAUUCCGUUAUCUCAAAACCUGCUCAUAGAAAAAAUUUAAGAAAUGGUAUUUGAGCUAAGGCAGUCCACAACGAUGCUUUCCCAUACAUACAAGUGCUUCCUGGUUUUUAUUAAACUUAUCUGUAUUUUUUUUAACUAAAUUAAGGCGAAGAGAAUGCAUAGAUGCUUUAGUUCUAGUUACACAAAUU